CAGCUAUAUAUUACUCGCAUAGCCAAAACCCUAGCUUCCCCAUCCAUCCUUCUUCCAUCUGCGCGGCGGAUACACACACAGGUGAAUCGGAAUGGGAAGGGUAAUUCGCGCCCAGCGUAAGGGUGCGGGGUCUGUUUUCAAGUCCCACACCCACCACCGCAAUGGUCCGGCGAGGUUUCGCAGCCUCGAUUUCGGCGAACGCAACGGCUACCUGAAGGGAGUGGUCACCGACAUUAUCCACGAUCCCGGUCGUGGCGCUCCACUUGCCAAGGUUACAUUCCGCCAUCCCUUCCGCUACAAGAAGCAGACGGAACUCUUCGUCGCCGCGGAAGGUCUCUACACUGGGCAGUUCCUCUACUGCGGCAAGAAGGCCACCCUCGUUGUUGGCAACGUCUUGCCCCUCCGAUCUAUCCCCGAGGGUGCCGUCAUCUGCAACGUUGAACACCAUGUCGGCGACCGUGGCGUCUUCGCCAGGGCCUCCGGUGACUACGCCAUUGUUAUCAGCCACAACCCGGAUAACGACACAUCUAGGAUCAAGCUUCCUUCUGGAGCGAAGAAGAUUGUGCCGAGUGCAUGUAGGGCAAUGAUUGGGCAAGUUGCGGGUGGAGGGAGAACUGAGAAGCCUCUUCUUAAGGCUGGUAAUGCUUACCACAAGUUUAGAGUUAAGAGGAACUGCUGGCCUAAGGUGCGUGGUGUGGCUAUGAACCCAGUUGAGCAUCCUCACGGAGGAGGUAACCACCAGCACAUUGGGCAUGCUAGUACUGUCAGACGUGAUGCUCCUCCUGGCCAGAAGGUUGGUCUCAUUGCCGCCAGGAGAACUGGUCGUCUUAGGGGGCAAGCUGCCGCCACUGCUUCUAAAGCUGACAAGACUACUUAAGGAGAUUGUUAAAGAUAUGCUUAAUUACAAAUUUUCAAAUUUUGUUUCUUUGAUAGUUUUUGUUCAACUUUUGGCUACUAUUUUGAGUACCAUUUUCACCAUUAAUAUGAAAGCUUGUAUUGUGCGGUGUUUUAUAUUUUCAGUACCAUUCAAUCCUACUGUUUGUCAAUCAUUUGGUGAUUUCAACUGGUUGUAACUUUUAACAUUCCUGUAUGGUUACCCUCUGUUUUUGAACCA